GCGUCGGGCGGUCGCGGGGACGGAAGCCGGGAGGCGCUGCUGACCGCGCCUGCGACAGCGUCAGUCUCUGCGCGGAGCGCCGGCCAAUGGCGGCGUCGGCGGCGAUGGCGGAGCAGGAGGGCGCCCGCAACGGCGCCCGCAACCGCGGCGGCGUCCAGCGCGUGGAGGGCAAGCUGCGCGCCAGCGUGGAGAAGGGCGACUACUACGAGGCGCACCAGAUGUACCGGACCCUCUUCUUCAGGUACAUGUCCCAAAGCAAGCACGCCGAGGCCCGGGAGCUCAUGUACUCGGGAGCACUGCUGUUCUUCAGCCAUGGCCAGCAAAACAGCGCAGCAGACCUGUCCAUGCUGGUGUUGGAGUCCCUGGAGAAGGCAGAAGUGGAUGUCGCUGACGAGUUGCUGGAAAGUCUGGCGAGGGUGUUCAGUCUGAUGGACCCCAAUUCUCCAGAGAGAGCAGCCUUCGUGUCCAGAGCCCUGAAGUGGUCCAGUGGGGGUUCUGGGAAAUUGGGCCACCCCCGGCUCCAUCAGCUGCUGGCCCUGACCCUGUGGAAAGAGCAGAACUACUGCGAGUCUCGAUUCCACUUCCUGCACUCCACGGACGGUGAGGGCUGCGCCAACAUGCUGGUGGAGUAUUCCACGGCCCGCGGCUUCCGCAGUGAGGUGGACAUGUUCGUGGCUCAGGCGGUGCUGCAGUUUCUCUGUUUGAAAAACAAAAGCAGCGCAUUGGUGGUGUUCACCACGUACACACAGAAGCACCCGUCCAUCGAGGACGGGCCACCCUUUGUCCAGCCCCUGCUCAACUUCAUCUGGUUUCUGCUGCUGGCCGUGGAUGGUGGCAAGCUGACUGUGUUCACAGUGCUGUGUGAGCAGUACCAGCCCUCCCUUCGCAGGGACCCGAUGUACAACGAGUACCUCGACAGGAUAGGACAGCUCUUCUUCGGGGUGCCGCCCAAGCAGACGUCCUCCUACGGAGGCUUGCUCGGCAACCUGCUCAGCAGCCUCAUGGGCUCCUCAGAGCAGGAGGAGGGGGAGGAGAGCCAGGAUGACAGCAGCCCCAUCGAGCUAGACUGAGCUGCCCGGCCUGCGUGGAGACGCCCACGGCCGGCACCGCCGGGACAGUUUCCGUGCAAGGCCUAGAUGCAGGCCCUUUGUCUGCCCGCGAUGCGCGGGCACCACCGUGUGGAGCCUGUCCCUAUUUAUGUAUGGUGGCUGAGGGCUGCAUGGCCUGCCUGCCGCCGCGUGGCCAGGACCGAGAGCAAGGGCCGGGCUCCUGCGGGCCGCCCGCGACCUUUCAGAUCACCCACAAUAAAGCGCAGAGCUUGCUGCGACACCCCGCUGCCGUCCUGUCUCUGGUUCCUUGGGGAGGGCUGCAGGGUGACACGGCAGCCUGGUGCCAGGGACUGGACAAGGUGGACCCCAUUUGCCCGACGUCCACUCGCUGGUGUCCAGUGCAGCUUUGUGCACCAGAGGAGCCAUGGCCACCAGCAUGGGCAAGCCGGGGCCCCUGGCCCCACACACGGUGGGUUUUUGUGUACCUUGUUCACCCAUGGGCUGUUCGCAAUCAUGGUUGCUUCCCAUCUCUGCUGAGCACUCGGGCUGUGUGGCUCUGCACGCAGGUCCCGUGAGGCGAUGAACCACAGGGCCUGCAGGCAGCUCUGGCAGUGCCCGCCCAGCCCUGUCCCCGCAGCCCACUUCUCAAGGUACUGGAGAUGCCGUCCUUCAUGAUGCAGUAUUUAUUUUUAUUGGGUGAUGGAUUUCUUGGGUCUAAUAUUUUAGGAUUUUACCAAAUAACCAGGUAUGAGCAGAUCUGUCCUCUGUCACUGAUAAUAUCCCAUGGUACUAGAACUAUAAAGGGAAACACUUUAUUUUUUCACAAUUAAAAUGAGAGUUGUGGGUGAGUCCAGCGGGCGUGCGUGCUUUACUGUAAACGCAACACACGAAGCCUGUCAGUUGGUGACUGAAUAAAUCCUUUGUACCGGG